AUGGCGAAUUUCGGAGUCCACAUGGAGGUCGGGAGCGAUGGAGUCGCCGUGAUCACCAUUUCUAACCCCCCGGUCAACUCGUUGGCUCCCCAAAGUAAUUUCCCGUUCAUCCUUUAUUCUCUCCUCUGCUUUUUCCGAUGUCGUGGUUCGUUCCUGGCUUCGAGAUAUCUUUUCAACUUCACUUUGAACUGCCCCGAGCGACGGAGGCGGUUUGCUUCGGUAUCUCUUUGGACAUCUAAUGUCUGCUGUUCUGAAUUGUGUAUAUCAUAUUUUAUCUCGCAUUUUGAUCGAGGAAAAUCCGUUUGAACCGUGGGACGACGAUGUUUUGUCUUGAAACAGUUGUUGAUGGACUGAAGACGGCAUACGCGGAAGCUAUGAGGAGGGACGACGUCAAGGCUAUUGUACUCACAGGUGAGGCUCCCUUUGACGAGGCUCUGUGACUGAGACCUGCGCGAAAAUUUAGAAUUUUAUUUUUUUUCUUCCCCGUCGAGUUUCUGGUUAAACGGAAUGCUUUAUCCUGGAGUUGAUUAAAAUAUGAUAUUAUCUGCUCAAAAUUAAUGAGGCUUAAAGUGUUUGCGUUGUUACUGUGGCCGUCAGGGAGUUGACAUCUACCUUUCACUCCGCAAUUCGACGAUUUCAUCACAAAUGGGAAUUUCAAUUAUGCUCGUACAAUUCUGCCACAAAUGGAUCUUCCUUGUUCACAACUUAAAUCUCUUCAUGACUAUCAAACUACCCACAGUAACAUUGCUGUCCUCUCGGGUCAUCUUUAGAUUUCUUAGCUGUAUGUCUGUUCGUGAAUGUCCAGUUCGCACUGACGAUUAUUUUAUUUUAUCCUUCGUAAUUACAAUUAACAACGUUUGAAGAUUUUCGACAAACUCAUGGUCGAGGGUGAUUCAUCAACACGCCUUUAAGCUCACUCUCAUGUCUCACUUCCUGAAUUAUGGUUCUCCUUUGAAAAGGUGCUGCGGGAAAUUUUUCUGCUGGUUUUGAUAUCAGUGUCUUUAAAGAGAUCCACCGAACAGGUAUGAAGAUUUUAGUCAGAAUAUUCUGCCUUUCUUUUAGUAUCAGAUCACGUUGUGUUACAUUUACAUGUUCCCUUCUACUGGCAGGCCAAAUUGCACUUCUGCCGGAUGUUUCCGUUGAACUUGUGGUCAACGCAAUGGAAGGUUCUAUAGCUUUCUCUCUCCCUCUCUCCCCCCUCCUCUCUCUCUCUCUCUCUUUCUCUCUCUCUCUCUUCUCUUUUUUUCCCUUGUCAAGAGAAAAAGUAGUCUUCUUUACUUAUUUAUUUCUCCUUAGUAUCUUUGUUUGGACUCGUCCAAAACUCUGAACUUGUCCAUAUCCACAGAUGGCAAGAAGCCCUCUGUCGCGGCUAUCCAAGGCUUUGCCUUUGGUGGUGGCUUGGAACUGACGAUGGUUUGCACUUUACCAUAAUGCAACCCUUGUUUGAAUUCCUGAUGUAUAUCGUGUUAACCAAUGGAAAUAUCGUGCCAAUUUUAUACAGGGUUGCCAUGCCCGGAUUUCCACUGCUGAAGCUCAACUUGGGCUGCCAGAGUUGACUCUCGGUGUUAUUCCUGGUUUUGGAGGUGUUUUAUAGAUAAAGAGUUUGUCGACCUUUCUCACUAAAAAAAGCUGGCGGGAAACUAGAUAAUUUGUUUCUCAACCUUUCUCUCUAAAAAACUCUUAUUUAAUUUUUUUUUUUAGGUACACAACGUCUUCCAAGACUUGUUGGAUUGUCAAAGUCUAUUGAAAUGAUGCUAGUGAGUGUUAACUUUUCUUCUGGACCUUUUGGAAUGUGUGGAGCUUCAGCUUAUGUUCAUGUGAAUUUAGUCUGAACGUACUUUAUGAUAGUCCAUGACGUGUGGCAUUGCAGCGUUCCAAGUCAAUCUCUGCGACAGAUGGGAACCAGCUGGGUCUUAUUGAUGCCGUGGUCACCCCUAAAGAAUUGUUGCCGGUUUCUCGACAGUGGGCUCUGGACAUUGCCAUGCAUCGUAAACCGUGGAUAAGUUCUCUUCGACGCACUGACAAAAUCGGUCCCCUUUCUGAAGCACGUCAAAUCAUAAAAGCUGCCAGGCAACAGGCAAAGAAGACUGCUCCAAACAUGCCGCAGCAUCAAGUGUGCCUUGAUGCAAUUGAAGAGGGCGUUUUGUCUGGUGGAUAUGCUGGCGUCCUAAAAGUAUGCAUGAAAACUAUUCCCAAGAAAGUGUGAUCGCUUUGUGUAUAUGUUUUAAAUCUUAUGGAAAAGUGAUAACCACAAUACCACAAAAAGUUAUAUUUAUAUAUAAUAAUGAAGUAUGCAAAUGCCAAUCAGAAUUUGACCACCUACUUUUGUAAGACUAGUUACCUUCGAGGUAUUGUGGUGAUUCCAAGGGUCUUCGCCUUGCUGGAUGCCUGUUCCGUAUAUAUUUUCUGCUCAUUGUAACGAAGGGAUGUUUAAAAUUUCAGGAGGCUAAAGUGUUCAAGGAGUUGGUGUUGUCAGACACUAGUAAGGGCCUCGUUCAUGUAUUUUUCGCUCAGCGUGCAACCUCAAAGGUAUUGUAAUCUGUUUCUUUUAAUUUUUCUCUUUUAUGCCCCCCUAAUUUUGGUUAGUUGUACACUCGCACCCAAAAUAUGUUUUUUGCAUAAAAAACAAGUGGCAAUAGUACCAAAAAUUCUCCUCUUGUCUUUUCUUUAUAAUCAUCUCCAAAAGAAUAUUUUAUGGACUGAUGAAAUGUGAUAAUGAGGCUUACCAUUCCUUGUCCCCCUUAAAAUCAGCAAAUCAGUUGACGAUCUAAUAAAUCAGCGUGUUGUGGGAAGCAGGUAGAAAUGAACGGUUAAUAUAUCUUGGACGCCUGAGUGCUUCAAUCAGUAUUUCAUCUUGAAAAACGUAAAUGCUGUGUUAGAUCUUUAAUAUCCGAUUAGUAUGAAGUGAAGUACAAUAUCAGAAUAGGAGAAUACUGUACCUGUAAGGAUGUCCCUUUCUAGGUGGGAGUCUUAUUUCUUCGUCAGGGUAUACUGUCUUAACUAUGUCUUUCUUAUCUGUCCUAACCUCAUAGUUGAUUGCUAUACCUUUACGGAAACAUGGGCCAGAAAAGGGGCUACAGUUGGAAGCACGAAAUGCUGUCCCACAAACAAAUAUGAUGCUUAAGUGCCAUUUUGAGUCCACAUGUCAAAGAUUAUUCUCAGUCUCUUGAAAAGCAUGCAUCCAUUAAGAAAAAGUUCCUUCUGAACGGAACUGCAAAAGAAAAUUCGAAUCCAUCUUUAGGAAUUCACACAUCCAAUGCAUUGUGCAUGUUGACCCAAGAAUCGACCUGCAACAAUGUAGAAUGAUGGUAGCACGCAACAGACUUGCACGAUUGUUUGCUCAUCAAAUGAUUUUUCCGUUACACGCUGUUACCCUGCUUUUUUUGUGUUGGUGUUAGGUACCUACUGUUACAGAUAUUGGACUUAAACCAAGGAAAAUAAAGAAGGUGGCCAUAAUUGGUGGAGGUUUGAUGGGUUCUGGCAUAGCAACUGCACUUGUUCGACAUAAUAUAUCUGUGUUACUAAAGGAAGUCGAUUCAGCUUAUCUACAAAAGGGAUUGACAACGGUAUCAGGUGCAGACUUAAUCCAUAAUUUUACUCGGGCUGAUGUUUUUGAAAUGUUUUUAAUCUUCUGCACGCUGGUGCAAUACUGCCUUGGUAUUUCCUUCGGCAUAUUUCUGGAAAGGACGUUUUAUUUAGAAGAAUACUGACAUACGGAAACAUGUUAUGGUUUUUUCUCUUUUAUAUUAUUAUUGAAGAGGAGGCAAUCUUGUUAUCAUGUUUCUGAUUUACGUCGAUUUAUAAUUUUAUGAUGCUUAACAGUGAACCUCAAAAGACUUGUAAUGAGAGGAGCAAUGACAGAGGAUCAGAUGAAAAAGGCCUUGUCACUUCUCACUGGUGCACUGGACUAUUCAGAGUUCAAGAAUGUCGACAUGGUCAUAGAGGUCGUCCUCAUUACCACCUUUUACGCAGGGUCACUUAUUUCAUUUUAAAAAUUAUAAGCCUUUUACCGUGUUCAGUUUGAGUCAGACUUCGAAUCGGGUGUAUUUAUUUAUCCAUUACUAGACAGCAGAAGGUCUCUAUGCCGAUGAUUUGUCAUAGUAGAUACGCUAGUGAUGUAUUUAUGGAUUCAUUGGGUGAUCUUCUCUUUUGGUGUACUUGACAUUGUUGAUUUAGGUAUCCUUGCCGAUUGAUAUUUUUUCAGUGUGAGUGACGAAUUGGCGUGAAAAGUAUAUUAUCUCCAUCAUUAGAGCUGGUAUCUGUGGAAUAUAGCUGAUAAAGAUCCUUUAAUUCCUAGAUUUGCAUCAUCAACUAGCCUCCAUCUCUCUCUCUCUCUCUCUCUCUCUCUCUCCCCCCAUUCCUCUCCCACCUCGAUUUGGAAUUGAAAGAAACAGACCAGGAGAAAGGAUUUGAGAUUAAUUAAGAAAUGCCCUUUAUAAUUGCAUUUGCUUUUGCAUGCUGCAGUGUAGUGAAUCUUUUGGUACAUGAGAAUAACGAACAUGGAACUUCUGAUCUGACUUAGUUUAUGAUGUCUUCGUGGUUCUAACUCGUGUUUCUAUCUUAGGCGGUCAUUGAAAAUGUUCCUCUGAAGCAGUCAAUAUUUAGCGAAAUUGAGAAAGCUUGCCAUCCUCACUGCAUAUUGGCUACAAAUACCUCCACAAUCGAUUUAAAUAUAGUGGGAGCAAAGACGAGGUCCCAAGAUCGCAUAGCGGGAGCACACUUUUUCAGGUGAUUUUCUUAUUCAUUUCAAUGUGUUUGGACUAGAGCCACCAGAAGAGUGACCUCUUGAUGUGCAGAAGGUCACAUUGCACCAUUGGGAGGGGGUAUUGUCACCAUAAAGAAAAGGAAGUAUUCUGAUUUGGCAGAAAUUCUAGAAAUAAAUUGUGGAGGUCACAGCAUUAGACAUAUACGGGGAUCAAGGGUUUUAAGUAUACAUUUGCUACACGAAGAGAUUUUUACUUAGUAAUGCAUGCUGGUGCACUAUUCUUAACGUAAUUGCAUGAUUUGUGCCAUCUUCAGUACGGGUUGUGUAGAUGUUCUAGUCAUAUUAUUUCAGCCUGCAGUUGCAUUUCUGAUACAACUUCAUCUUUCAGCCCAGCCCAUUUGAUGCCCCUUUUGGAAAUUAUUCGGACCGAGAGAACUUCUCCUCAAGUGAUUCUUGAUCUGAUGACUAUCGGGAAGAUGAUCAAGAAAGUUCCUGUUGUAGUUGGCAACUGUACGGGAUUUGCUGUUAACCGGACCUUUUUUCCGUAUUCCCAAGCCGCACAUCUCUUGGCGAAUUUGGGAGUAGACAUUUUCAGAAUUGAUAGAGUGAUCAACAAUUUUGGCAUGCCAAUCGGACCCUUCCAGUAAGCUUCCUACGUCUAACAUUCGAGGAUCUUUUGUCUUCGCUCUGUUUAUUUGUGUGUGCUUUCAGUGAUACAUAAUUCGUGCCCAUACAUCGUAGUAUUGACCGUGUAAUUUAUUGGCGCAUCUGCUGCUUACUGAGUAUCAUCUCCAUUUAUGUAAUAUGAUCUGCGCAUUUCUUAGGCCUAUUCUCCUUAAUAAGAAUUACCCCUUUCAGGCUCCAAGAUCUGGCUGGAUAUGGAGUGGCAUUGGCUGUUAAGAAAGAGUUUCAAUUAGCUUUCAAAGGGCGAACUUUUGAGUCUUAUUUGAUCGAACUGAUGGUGGAAAGUGGGCGCAAUGGUAAGUAAAUGUGUUCUUGUUGCCUCUUUCUGUCUCUAACCGCCAUUUAUGUCCAUGAUCAAAUGAUAGAUGUUUUGUGUCACAGGGAAAAACAACGGAAAAGGUUAUUACAUUUAUGAUCAGGGAAGCAGACCAAGGCCCGAUCCAAGUAUAAGCUCGAUAGUUGCAGAGUCAAUAAGACGCGCGAACAUCAUGCCUGGUGGAAAGGUAAGCUUGCCAAGUAACCGUGUAUGCAUGUGCAUGUGGAUGUGUGUGUGUGGGAAAGACAGAAGGGGGUUGGAGAGAGUGGGAGAGAGAGAGAGAGAGAGAGACUGUGCAUGCAUUUAUAUUUGUGCUUCUAGUCGCCAUCUUAUAUACAAUUCGUCUUGUAGCCCAUAAGCGUAACUGAUCAAGAAAUCGUGGAGAUGAUAUUCUUCCCAGUGGUGAAUGAGGCAUGUCGAGUGAUGGAUGAAGGAGUGAUUACUCGAGCAUCUGAUCUUGAUAUUGCUUCUGUUCUUGGAAUGGGUUUCCCCAAGUACCGGUGAGUGCCCUUCACACAUUUUUCGCAUCUAAAUCUUUUCUCGGUUUAGAUGUCGGACUUUCUGAGUUCAAGUUUGGAUGCCAUGGUAUAUUUAGGCCAUGAGGUUUAUUUUUCCUGUAACGUUUGACUAUUACGUUCUCCAGCAUACAACUGUAAAAAAAAUUGGGUUAUCUAUCUGCUCGAGUCAUAGAUAUCGGAACAGCAUCCCAGACAACUGUAAUAUUGUGGUCGCUACAGUUCUUCGAUAAAUAAUUUAUUCUGGAAUUUACUUCAGAGUAUAUUCAUUAUGCAGUAGAGUUUAGAUAUAUACUCAAACAGACGUAUGGAUCCCGCUAAAGUUGAAAGUUCUAAAUUCUGAUUAAUUGCGUGAUCCCUGUGAAUUCCGAAACCUUAAUUCUCAUGUUAUUUCAGUUUGAUCAUCUUCUUUGGUUAAUUGGAAUAGUAGUUGACUGGCUAAUUUAUCAUCCUUCGGUCACAUCUGUAGGGGCGGUCUUAUUUUUUGGGCGGAUUCACUGGGUUCUGAAUACAUUCAUUCCCGUCUGAGUAAGUGGGCAGAAACCUAUGGAAACUUCCUCAGACCUUCAAAGUACCUGGAGGAAAGAGCGAAGAAAGGGUUGCCAGUGGUAAUAAUUUUUCUCCCCAUUUUGUCCCUCAGCUUUAAUUUAGAUAUGGAUGAUAUAUAUAUAUAUAUAUAUAUAUAUAUAAUGAAAGUUCAACCUUUUUGCUAUAACAGCUAUUCUACACUCACGAUGUUGUCAUUAUAUAGCAUUAAAAUUAAAACUUCUGUGACAAAUUAGGUUGAUGUUUGGAUGUGUGGGUACUAGGGAGACUGGAAUACAAUCCAAGUUAUUGUAGGGUGUCAUUGAGCAGGUUUAGCCUAGGCCCUGAUCUAUGUUGAGCUUCAAAUCUGGUCCAAGGGGAAAACUGCCCUAACUCAACUCCUCUCAGAGCUUCAAAGGGCCAUUAUACUUGCAUGCGAAUGCUCAAUUUUUUUUUUCUUCUCUAAGCUCAAGCUAGAUCCAAGCCUUGUAAUAGGCAUCUGAACUCAGCUUACCCUUGAGAGAGCCUGCCUGAGCCUAGAUCAGUCCAUUUUCAUCCUCAACAGUUUUGAUAGAAUUUGAUUUUUUUCACCCGAACAUUGAUCAACUGAUAAGGGUGCAUGUGAAAGCAUCGCAGACUUUAUCACAUCACUUGAAUAACACUGUGGAUGCCCUUUUUUUCUCAUGUGCCCAAUGGGCAUGCGGAUUUCUGACCAUAUCAGGUUCAUACUCGCAAGAACAAUGUUGACUUUUCCACCUAAGAGUCUUGACAUUAAAGAUAUCGAAAUAGCUCCCGAAUCGGUCUGAAGAAAACAAAAUAUGUGGCCUAAAAUUUAGCGAAACUCAGCCCAUUGCUAAGUGGUUAUUGAACAUGGCGCCAGAAUGGACUUCAUAGCAACUGAAGACGCGAAUAAGAACUAUCUCACGUUGAUUGGCACAGUGAUUUGUACAGUUUAUUGCUGUCAUAGUUUCUACAGAUCGCAGAAUACAGAAAUAAUAUAGAAGGUGGCGAUUAUUUCAUGCUUGAAAAUUUAGUUAUUUCUUUACUUAUUCUUGCAGAGCCUGAUUUCCCCGGGCCCCUCACAAGGUGCUUCCAAGGCCCGACUCUAG